AUGAAUCGUUUUCUAAUUUUUAUGUUUGUUGUUGCGACAUGUUUUGGAUUGAAUGUAGCAUUUGACAUGUUCCCAUGUCCGAGUAACACUAUUCUAAUUACGAACGAGCUUGGUCCCAGUUUGGUUCUUCAGUACCAUUGUCAUUCAAGAGACAACAAUCUAAAUGUCUCCAAUUUACAAUUCAAUGAAACAAAGGUAAUCAACUUCGGAGACAAGUUAGGGAGAAGGACAAGAUGGACUUGUCUUUUGAAACACGGCUUAUACAUGCGAUAUUAUUCAGAAUUUAUAGGAUACCGAAUGGGCAACGUUCGUCGAUGUGGUCAUACACGUCAUUGGAUUGCCAGAAAAGAUGGAAUUUAUCUUACAAGAAAUCAAAAUCCGCCACCACUGUUCCAUCAUGGAUGGAAUAAAACUAAUUAA